AUGCCGAAUCAGCGGCUGCUGUGCGACAUCAGCCGCUCGGGGCAGCUGUUGGAGCUGGGCGUCGACCCCCUGGCGCGGCCGGACCUCAAGAGUUUGGGCGUGCAGACCGAGACCUCCUCCUGGACGGCCUGGUCGGAGCAGCUCCCCCACGCCGGCGCCGGCCUCGACGCCGAGAGCCUCGAAGGCGACGGGCUCCGGCGCCAGGCGGCGGCGGGGCAGGUGCUGCGCCUGGCCACGGGAUUGCUCGGGCUGGAGCUGCAUGAGAAGCCCAACUGCUGGGCGGAGGUGUGGCUGAACUUCCAGGGCUCGAAGCUCCUGCCGCAGCUGGGCUUAGAGGCCGAGAAUGCGCAGCGAGAGAUCAAGAGGACCCAGGUGGAAUGGCAGCAGAAGGUCCUCUCCCACUUGAAGGCGAGUAAGGUCUCGUCCCGGGUGGAACAGCCGGAGGGCUUCGAAGAGCACUUGGAGCUGGCAGACUUUGCGCUGAAACGCAUCACCCACGCAGUGAACAUCCUGCAGAACCCACGCCAGGAACGGGCCCUGAUCCUGGAGCAAUACACGGAGGGCAGGGUCGAGGAGGUGUGCCAAGAUCUGUCCCAAUGGCUGGAGCGGCUGGCGCUGGCGGUUUCCGUGUACCACGUGCACUUGUUGGACCUUGAGAGCGAUAACCGGCGUUGCGGCAGCAAGGUCACCCAGCUGGAGUCCAAGUUGAAGGAGACGCAGCUGGAGCGCGACGACGCGAGGCGCCGCUUCCUCGAGAUGGAAGCCAAGUGGAGCGAGGAGAAGAUGAAGCGCCGCGCCGAAGCACUGUUCGGAGUGAAGACGACGGAUGAAAACCCAAAGAUCUACAGCCAGUCGGAGGUGGACGACUUUUAUGACCAGUGGAAGAAGGAGCAGGUGGAUCCGCUGCUGGAAGAGAUCAAAAGCUUACGGAAGGCCCAGCGAGACCUCAUGGCCAAGAUGCAGGCCAUGAAGCAGAACCAAAGCACCUCGCGGGUUGUGGAAGAUCUCAACCUCCUUGGCCAGAAAGAGGUCACUUUGCUGCAGUCCGCUUUGGCCGCCGCAUCCCAGCGCAGCUACGGGGACUUGGGCCGCUUGUUGACGCGUCUCGGGGACACUUUGGCCACUGGCAGCUUUCACGAGCUCCCGGAGAUCGUGCGGGCCAUCCAGGCGCUUCCGUUGACGGAGCCCCUGGAAAUGGCGGAGACGGGGUCGCAGGUGGAGGACAACACCCGGGUGGGGAAGGAGGAACUGGAGCAGCUUCAGCUCGGGCUGAAAGCAGCGGGCCCGCAUGUCCCGCCGGAGCUGGGCACUCUGUUGCAGCAGCUGGGGCAGAACAUGGCAGAAGGCGCCGAGAUGAAGAAGGUGGUUGCCAGCAUCCAGCGCCUCCCCGUGGCGCCACGUGAGGUGUUGGCAGCGCCUGCCCGCCCGGAGGUGCGCUCCUUCGGGACCAACACCACGCAGGCGGUGGUGCUGCCCAGCAAACCGGCGCAAGAGAAGGAGGCUGUCCCCGAGCAUGUGGACAGUCGCGACUUCGAGGGGGAGCUCCGAAGACUUCGGGAGCAGCUGGAGGCCCAGAUCUUGGCGGCGCAGAAGGAGGCGGAGAAGCAGCGGCUCCGGGCGGAGGAGGCGCUGAAACGCCUCGAGGAGGAGAUGAAAAAGGCGGAACAGCUGAUCGCGGAGCUGCGGCGGAAGCUCAAGGAGCUGGAAGCACUGCUGCAGAAAGCCGGGCUCGGCAAGCAGGUGGCGGAGCUCUUCGCCCAGGCGGGGCUCGCGGAUUUCCUGAAAGGCCGGGACGUCUUCGAGCGCCUCUACCGAGACGCGCUGCGGCGCAUGCGGAGCCAGGCGGAGGUGCAGGCGAGGCUCACGGAGGAGUCCUCGCAGCUCUUCCUGCGGACCCUGCAGGACCUUUCCUCGCACCCGCUGGUGGCGGUGGAUGCUGCCAUGGAGCUGCACGCCGGCCAGCUCCCGCUGCAAGUGCUGCGGUUUUUGCCCCCCGAGAUGGAGGGCGACAGCGCGCAGCUGGUGCCGAGUCAGCCGGAGAAGGGACGUCCUGUGCGGUUCAAGACCACCAGCGCUUUGGUGGAUGAGCCGUUACACCUGGAGGUGAAGCAACUGACCCGCGCUGCCACGACGGAAGUCCGGAUUACGCGAUGCGAGCCUUCACGCUCGCCAUCACCCCCAACAACUCUCGGCGGAAACGGCGGUCGUUCUAUGCCGCGCGGGACGAGCCCCGAGACCAUGCAGAAGACUCGGAGCCUGCCUGGGAGGGCUCCCGAGAUCCUGCGGCAAGCUUCUAAAGGAGGUGCGUCGGAGCGCUCCGACAGCGGCUCCCCGAGCCGUGCCUCCCUCGCGCGGCCGCUGGCAGCGGCGCAUUGGCCGCUGGGGGCCAAGGAGGAGGAGGAGGACAGCGGCGGUCCGAUGGCGGUGGAGGGCCAUAGCAACUUCCUUCGUGCGGGAAGUGAGGAAAGCUCGCCCAGUCGAUCCUCCCCCUCCCCAGCGAGAGAAGCGCACCACGAAGCUCACACUGCGCACACCGCUUAUGGUGCUCAUCCGGCCCAGCCGGCCAAGCCGGCCCAGCGGCCCAGUGCUGCAAGAUACUUGGACGACCUGCCGCUGCUGGCAGUGAGUGCCAUAGGUCCUCGACCAGCGGGGCCCAGCCAACUGCUUCCCAAGAAGGAGAAACGUGGAGGGCAGAAGCGCUCCUCGGACGUCCUGCGCUCCGCCGGCUCCUUGGCCAUGCCGGGCUCCCUCGGCUCGGUGCUGCGGUGA